AUGGAGCAGAUUUCCGAUAUGAACAAGCAAGUGCAGCCUGAGGAACAGCCUGUUUUAUUUGUUGAAAAGAAGAAUGAAAAGAGUUCAGAGAAAGGGGCAAUUGACGACUCAAAAUUUGCCAUGAGAUGUCCUCACUGUAUAUUUACCCACCAUUCGAGUGGUGAGUGCAAAUAUGUCAAACUAUUCAAAUUCCUUUCGGGAUUGCCAGCCCCCUUUCUUCUAGAGAAUAAUUCAUUUAUUUCUAAUUUGUGGCGUUCUAUAUCUAAUAAGAUCGAGGAUAAUGCAGAUGUGAUAAAGGCUAGAAGAGAAAUUACUACAAUUAUUAAAAAAAGCCUUCAAUCAGUUAGUGGUUCUGAAGAGGAGAAGGAAGCAUUUAAAAAGGAUUAUUUGAAGAAAAUUGAAGAAUUCUAUGCCAAAUUGACACCACAAGUUGUGGAGGUUGCCAAAGCAAUAGCCAAACAACAUAGUUUUGAUUUCUCACAAGAGUCAACCAGUGAUAUUGGGAAGGUGAAGGCUAAACGAGGAAGAAAACCAAAGGUAGUAUUGAAUGAAUCUUCAGAGAGUGAGUCAGAUUCAUCAUCGUCUUCUUCAUUAUACUCUAAUUCUGAAUCUGAUAGUGAAUACAAUGAUGAGUCAAAUUCCUCACAUCCAAAUUCAAAUACUAGGAGAACAAGAAGUAGUGCACCAAUUAAAUUGACAAGGUCAGCUACCUCCAACGAUCCACGGUUGGCUGGACAGAUUGUUGGCCCUUUGAAAAAGCACAGAAAAAAGAGGAAACAAGAAACCUCCUCUCCAAAAAAGACACCCAUUUCAAAAGAAAAAAUUAAUAAGGAACUGCCAAAUAAUCAAAGACUGUUCAAAAACCGUACUGCUUCAGAGAUUCAUAAAAUAGAAGAAGAGAAAAAUGCUAAAACACCACUGUCGAAUGAAACUGAUAUUAAGCGUAAUGCACCAGUUGAUGUUUCUACGAUCAAACCAAUCUUUUAUGAACGUCAUGAAACUAUUGUCACCACCUUAGAGAAUGAAGUUCAGAAUGCAAACACUUCGUAUUUCACACCCUCAACAGCUCUUCCAAUCCCAUCUAGGACUUUAAAAGAUUAUGAAGAGAUAUUUCUUUCUACAAGCACGCCGACAAUGGAACAGUUAAAUAUUCAGACAAGAAUCGCAAGUAGUGGUAGUAAUCAAUCUAUUGAUAGAAGGGUUGUGGUUUAUGCCACUUUCCAAGACGAAACAGUUCUCAUUUCUAACACUCUACAAGAAUCUAACUUCUCAACAAUAAUCUCAAAAAUUCGCUCCAAAUUUCCACAACUUCCUCACUACCAAUUUUGUACAUUUCACUACUGGGAUGAUUUAAUUUUUAAACUGGUUAGAUUCGACAAUGAUGCGCUCUUGCAUAUCCUCAACACCCAAACAUUCCCUAUCAUCAAACUCACCAUCAAGACAAUAUAG